ACAAUGUCUCUUACACGACACAUCUGCCAUCGAUGUCGCUUGCAGCACGCUAUAACCAGAAAUCGAGCGACCUCGACGAGAGUUAAGCUACUUUGCCAAUGCCGGUCGCUAUUGUACGUCCUGAAGUUUUGGGGUGGUUAGAAGGCGGUUGAGCAGAGACCCAACGUUGCAACCAGCGACCAUGAAACCAGACAGGCCGUUACCGUAUUGUGAUGCGUUUGAUAGCACGGAUGAAUACGUCCGCUCUCUACUGGACUUUGUUGGCGCGGAUGACUUCCUCCGCACCCUCUGCGGUGGCGUCCAUAUUCUGGACUUCUUCACAAGCGAGCUGGACCUGUAUGCGCGAGUGCUGCCGCAAGAAUGGCGAGACUUCUUCGCCCGGCACGAUAUCAUGGACGUUCUGGAUCUGCUCAUGCGCGAAGAUCUAUCUACGUUGUCCCUAGGGACGCAGUCUGCCUGGCGAGAUGGACCAUUCCCGCCGCACUCGUUGCUCAACUACAUUGCGAAGAUUAGGAAGCACCUCUUAGUGCGAGAUGUUAGCGGAUCGCAAUGCCAGCGCAACCGCGUCAUGAAACCGACGCAGAAGCUAGCACGGCAGGUUGCAGUUGGAAUGACAGUCAAGAAGGUGCACGAAGUCGGCUUGUUUGCCCACUAUAUCGACAACUUGAUCGGUGAUUUACGUCAGGUAACUACUGAUCAGAUCUCUCACCUCGUCGAUUUCGGCUCCGGACAGAACUAUCUCGGUCGUGCUCUUGCUAGCGAGCCGUACAACCACAGCAUCGUUGCCAUUGAAAGCAAAAGCCAUAAUGCCGAGAGGGCGAAAGAAUACGAUGUCAUGGCCAGGCUUGCCACAAGGCAGAAGAUCAUGCGCAACAAGAAAGCUUUCCGUGCUGGUCGAGAGGACUCAGCUAAGCCUGCCACCCUACCUACUCCACCGCCUGAGCUAGCAACGGGGCAGAGCGAGCAGAGACCGUUAGUGACCGUAGAAGCCUCGCUCGAUCCGGCUAUCGAAGCCUCUUCAAAUGCAAAGGGCCGCAUACGAUAUGUCGAGCACCGCAUCCGCGAUGGAGAUCUCUCGGAAGUAGUAUUACAGCUAGACGGUACUUCACCAAAUAUGAUGGUCAUGUCUCUGCACUCUUGUGGCAACCUUGUCCAUCACGGUCUGCGAUCACUCAUCCUCAACCCGGAGGUCAAGGCUGUUGCUAUGGUGGGAUGUUGCUACAAUCUCCUCACGGAGCGUCUCGGUCCUGCAACGUACAAGCUUCCUGAACUCCGGCCUUAUGCGCGUAAUCAUCCCCGGCUUACUCAGACAAGCGAAGCUCGCGACCCUCAUGGCUUCCCUAUGAGCGACCGUUUUUGCAACUACAGGGCCUCGCCUGAGGAUCAUACUGGUGCAGAACAUGACAGUACAGACCGCGGCAUCCGCCUCAACAUCACCGCUCGUAUGAUGGCCGUCCAGGCUGCCCAGAACUGGGGUCAAGCCGACAGCGAGGACUUCUUUAGAAGGCACUUUUACCGCGCUCUUCUCCAGCGCAUCUUCCUCGACCGCGGCAUUGUGGGGCCGCCACAAGGGGACUGCGUUGGUGGAGUGUCGCCCGCUGGCCACAGCUCUGGCGGCACGCCCAUUGUCAUCGGCUCCCUUCGGAAGUCAUGCUAUGGCAACUUCGUGAGCUACGUACGUGGCGCAGUAGCGAAGCUCGAGUCAGGCGAAGAUCCAGAUAGGGCUGUCUUGUUCAAAAAGGGCAUGGAAAGCAUGACUGAUGCAGAUAUUGAGGCCUACGAGGUCCAGUAUCACGCAAGAAAGAAAGACCUCAGCAUCAUUUGGAGCUUGAUGGCUUUCUCAGCUGGUGUUGUCGAGGCCGCCAUCGUGGUCGACCGAUGGCUCUGGCUAAAGGAGCAGGGCAUCGUCGAUGCUUGGGUGGAAGCGGUGUUCGAUUACCGACUUAGCCCGCGGAACCUUGUGGUGGUUGGUGUUAAGCCGUGAAGGCUCACAAUAUGACUCCUUUCUAAUAGCCUAGUUCGGCACCCAUGCUGUCAACAGCGCCUCGGGAUGUGGACGAUGAACAAGCACUCCAACUUCCGACGAUCCCUAGGAGAGAUCGUAUUGGUUUCGGAAUAUUCCCAGGCUUGCAGAGCCUGCCACGGUCCGGAUCUGCUACUGGAAGAUAGCAACAAUGGCUCGUGGGCUAUCAUCUGCAGCAUCGUUGGCAAUGCGCUGGUGGCGUGAUGCGCAACAAUACCAGCCUUAUCCAAACGAACCCUCAGCCUUGCCCGGUUGCCAAU